AUGAGGUCGGAGUCAAGAUUCUGUAUACAGAGAUUUGUGAAAGUUUAUCUAUCCAGUAAAAGACGAGAUUCAAGAUUCCACACGGUAAAGAUCCUGGCCUCUAUUAUCACACCAACUUUAUGCCCAUCAGCACUUUCAUCAAAAUUCAGGUUUGCUGUUCUUUUGUUUGGUUUACCUAGGUGUGGGAAGAGGACUUUUGUGAAGCAUGUUGCUUCUCAACUUGGGCUGCAUGUGGUUGAGUAUAGUUGUCAUGAUUUACUUGCAUCUUCAGAGAGGAAGGGUUCUUCCAUGUUGGCUCAAGCUUUCAGAACAACUCGUAGAUAUGCACCAACUAUUCUUCUGCUACACCAUUUUGAUGCUUUCAGCAAUUUGAGCUCUAAUGAUGGUUCACAAAAUGAUCAAGUUGGUAUGAAUUCUGAAGUUGCAUCUGUCAUUAGGGAAUUCACCAAGACAUUUAGACAAGAUGAUGAUUAUGAAGAUGAAGAAGAAGAAGCAGAGCAUAUGAACACGAUUAAAACCCAUCCUGUGCUGCUAGUUGCAGCUGCUGAUAACUCUGAAGGGUUGCCACCUACAAUUAGGCGUUGUUUCAGCUAUGAAAUGAAAAUGGAAGGUUUCACCGAAGACCAGAGAGUGGAAAUGCUAUCCCAGUCACUUCACCUUGUCCCUGAAUUGGUUCCAGAUACUUGUACAGAGGAUGUUGUAAAAGAUAUGGUUGGACAGACAUCUGGUUUCAUGCCAAGGGAUAUUAGGGCUUUGGUUGCUGAUGGUAGUUCAAGUUUGAUACCUAUUAAUGGCAGUACCUUUGAGAAGUUGGGUGACAACAAAGAAUUCAUGGUCAAAGCUUUGGAGCGGUCAAAGAAAAGGAAUGCAUCGACUUUGGGGACUCCCAAGGUCCCUAAUGUUAAGUGGGAGGAUGUUGGUGGGCUGGAAGAUGUGAAAAAAUCUAUUCUCGAUAUAGUUCAGCUCCCCCUUCUGCAUAAAGAUUUGGUUUCAUCUGGGCUACGUAAGCGCUCUGGUGUUCUUCUAUACGGUCCUCCUGAUACAAGGAAAGGUAGCUUUCAUGAAUGGGAACGCGACAGCGGGGAACAAUACAGGCUGACAAAGGAACUCCUUUACAAUUGCGAGAGCAUUGAAUGGCAGGUGGAUGAGCUAGAAAAGACUAUUUUUGUAGCUGCUAGAGACCCUUCUUUGUAUGGUAUAAAACAAGUUGAGCUUGAAAAGCGAAGGAAGUGGACCACUACUGCUCCGAUUCAGGUGGGAAAUAUUAAGAAAGUAGUGACUGUGACCAGAAGCAGUUCAAACUUUGGUGGGAUGCACCAAGAAUUAAUGCGGAUGCCAAAGUCUCAUCAGCAGCAGGAUAAGGACAGGACCAGAACCGGAUCAUAUGCUGUUGUAGAUAAUGAUGAUUUUAUUUCUUUAGAAUCAGACACACGGAUGCUUCUCAUUAGGUAA